ACACAGACGACGACUCGUCUCUUCUUCCCAUGGCUUCUCCAUUGAAGAAGCUCAUCUUAAGUUUUCUUCUUAUCUUUUCCUCCUCCACAUUCAACGUUGCCUCAUCAGAUCAACCACCGUGUCGGCGUUUUAAAUCGAUCAUCAGCUUUGGUGACUCUAUCGCCGACACCGGAAAUUAUAUCCAUCUCUCCUCCGACGUCAAUCAUCCUCCUCAAGCCGCCUUUCUUCCAUACGGCGAAACCUUUUUCCGUUCUCCCUCCGGACGUUACUCCGAUGGCCGCCUCAUAAUCGAUUUCAUCGCCGAGUUCUUGGGACUACCGUACGUACCGCCUUACUUCGGAUCCCAAAACGUGAGCUUUGAGAAAGGGAUCAAUUUCGCGGUGUAUGGAGCAACAGCCUUGGAUCGUGCGUUUCUUUUGGCAAAAGGAAUCGAAUCUGAUUUUACCAAUGUUAGUUUAAGUGUUCAGCUUAACAUCUUCAAGCAGAUUUUACCUAACCUCUGUGCCUCUUCUUCUCGUGAUUGCAGAGAGAUACUUGAAGACUCGCUUAUACUCAUGGGAGAGAUUGGAGGCAACGACUAUAAUUACCCGUUUUUCGAAGGCAAAAGUAUCAAUGAACUCAAAGAUCUAGUUCCUUUAGUCAUCAAAGCUAUAUCUUCUGCCAUUGUGGAUUUGAUCGAUUUGGGAGGCAAAACAUUUCUGGUGCCUGGAAACUUUCCACUUGGAUGUAGCCCCGCUUAUCUUACUUUAUUUAAGACCGUGGAAGAAGAAGAACACGACCCUUUUACGGGUUGUAUCACAUGGCUCAACGAAUUCGGACAGCACCACAAUGAACAGCUUAAGACAGAACUCAAACGACUCCAAAAACUAUACCCUCAUGUCAACAUCAUAUAUGCCGACUACUACAACUCCAUGUACCCAUUUUUCCAAGAACCAGCUAGAUACGGGUUUAAGAAUAGACCUUUGGGUGCUUGUUGUGGAGUUGGUGGUAAUUACAACUUCACUAUUAAUGAAGAGUGUGGAUACGAAGGAGUUAGCUAUUGUCAAAAUCCAUCUGAGUAUGUGAAUUGGGAUGGUUAUCAUUUAACAGAAGCCACACACCAGAAGAUAGCUCAUGGCUUACUUAACGGUCCCUAUGCAACUCCUGCUUUCGACUGGUCUUGCAUUGGCUCUGCAUCAGUGGAUACAGAGUAUUCUUUCGGUAGUUAAAAGAAUUCAUUUGUUAUGAAACAAAUUAAAUGGUGAUUAUGAUUAUUAA